UAUUAUUAAAUUUUAAUAUGAAUAAUAUUAAUAAAUCAACUAAGAGUGAUAAUAAUGAUUCUCACUUAAAAAAUGGUGAUAGAUUUAAAGCUGACGAUGAUGAAGAUGAAUUACUAGUACAAGAACGUACGCCCUUGCGAAUUCAACAGUUUCCACGCACACGACCAAGUCAAAAUGAAAGUGAAACAAGAAUUUCGUCUUGGGCCAAAUUUAAAUUAUUAUUAUGGAAGAAUUGGAAACUACAGCUGCGACACCCAAUACAAACAGUUUUGGAAAUAUUUGCACCGGUAGCAUUUUCAAUACUAUUAGUGAUUAUAAGAAGUCUGGUAGAUCCAGAAUCGUUUCCAGAACCCACUUAUUAUAAACCGUUUGAUCCAGCUGCCAUACCAAAGUUCCCGCCAAAGAUGAAAAUGAGUGCUGAAUCUUUCUCUUUCUUAAAAAAUUUAUCAAUAGCAUGGUCACCAGAUAAUCCGUUCUUAAUGGGAGAAAUUAUGACACCUAUUUUUGGUGUAAUUGGAAUUCAGAUAAUUUCAUUUAAUAAUUCUCAAGAAAUGUGGAAGAAUUUAACACAAUUGAAUGGAAUGAAUAACAAAUUAGCUGGUGUAAUGUUUCCUGACUCUUAUGCAAAUAUAGUGGAAUUUCCGCAACACAUUAAUUUUUCAUUAGUAUUCCCAGGCGAAUCACGAUUGGAAGGUUCAGGAAAUCGUACGGAAUUCAUAUUUUCAAAUUGGCGUACUAAUUUAUUGUAUCCAUUAUAUCCACGGGUUGGACCUAGAGCUCGGCUGGCAAAUGAUGGUGGUUAUCCACCUGGAUAUGAGCAGGAAGGCUUUUUGUUAUUGCAACAUUUAAUAACAAAAGCAAUUAUAGAUAGUAUUAAAAAACAAAAUUCUGUAGAAAUUGAAUGGCCGAAAAUUAAAUUACAAAGAUAUCCAUAUCCUGAAUUUAUAGAAGAUCCACUUGUAACAGUAUUAGCUGGUUUUGUUUCAACAAUAUUCUUACUUAGUUUCGUAUACACUUGUAUUAAUUCUGUUAAGACCAUUACAACGGAAAAAGAAAAACAAUUAAAGGAAAUCAUGAAAAUAAUGGGUUUGCCAAGUUGGUUACAUUGGACAGCAUGGUUUAUAAAAAUAUUUGUGUACGUAGCAAUUGCCACAGGAAUUUGCACUAUAUUAGUUACUACAAAAUGGUAUCCAGGAAAAGAAAACGUGGCAGUUUUUACGUAUUCAAGUCCAACUAUCAUAUUUUUUGUUUUACUGAUGUAUAUGAUGUCAACUGUUACGUUUUGUUUUAUGAUUAGUGUAUUUUUUUCAUCAGCUAAUAAAGCAGCUGCUGUUGCUGGUUUAGUUUGGUUUUUGGGCUAUACACCGUUUUUGUUUGUUCAGCAACGGUACGAUACUUUAAGCCAAUCGUCUAAAAUGGUUACGUCAUUAUUUCAUAAUACAGCAAUGGCAUAUUCAUUUAAUCUAAUAGUGCGUGCAGAAGGAUCAGGCGAAGGGAUGCAUUGGAAUAAUUUAUUUUCACAAGUAAAUAAUGGUGACACUUUAGUGCUGGGAGAUAUGAUCGGGAUGUUUAUUGCUGAUACUCUGUUAUAUUUAUUAAUUGCAUUGUACGUGGAAAAAAUAUUUCCUGGUAAAUAUGGGGUACCGCUACCAUGGUAUUAUCCUUUUACUUUAAAAUAUUGGUUUGGAGAAAAAAAAGUAAAUGCUUUUGAGAGCAGUUUUGAUACGAAUGUUAAUACAAAUUUUGAUAUUUACGAGAAAGAACCAAGUGAUCUAAAGGCUGGUAUUCAAAUAAAAAAUUUAACAAAAGUAUAUGGAAAAGGAACAAAUCAAAAAAAUGCUGUGAAUAAUUUAAAUUUGAACAUGUACGUGGAUCAGAUCACAUGUCUAUUGGGUCAUAAUGGAGCUGGCAAAACUACAACAAUGAGUAUGUUAACUGGUAUGAUACCACCAACUUCUGGAACAGCCACAGUAAAUGGCUAUGAUAUUCGAACAGAAGUUGAACAAGUUCGCUCUAGUUUAGGAUUAUGUCCUCAACAUAAUGUAUUAUUUAAUGAAUUAACAGUUGAGGAACAUUUGUAUUUCUUCGGACGUUUAAAAGGUGUUAGCAAAGCGGACAUAAAUAAGGAAGUAUCUAGAUACAUUGAAUUAUUACAAUUAGUUCCAAAGAAAGAUUCAAAAAGUAGUCAAUUAUCCGGUGGCAUGCAAAGAAAAUUAUCGGUUGGGAUUGCUUUAUGCGGUGGAUCUAAAGUCGUUAUAUUUGACGAGCCAACAUCUGGUAUGGAUCCUUCAGCUCGUCGAUUUUUAUGGGAUCUUUUACAAAAAGAAAAAAAAGGAAGAACAAUGGUUUUAUCAACACAUUUUAUGGAUGAAGCAGAUUUACUCGGAGAUCGUAUUGCUAUUAUGGCUAACAGUGAAUUACAAUGUUGUGGAUCAUCAUUCUUCUUAAAGAAACGUUACGGUGCUGGAUAUCAUUUGAUUAUGGAAAAAUCAUCACAAUGUAAACCAAAUGAAGUUACAGAUAUGUUAAGAGAAUACAUUCCUGAAUUGGAUAUUUACACUAAUAUAGGAUCUGAAUUAACUUAUAUAUUAGCAGAAAAUAGUGUUUCGGUAUUUGAGGAAAUGCUAAAACGAUUAGAAACUGAUGGAGAACAGCUUGGUAUUAAUAAUUUUGGUAUAUCUCUAACAACUUUAGAAGAAGUUUUUAUGAAAGUUGGAGACGAGUCCAAUAAACAAGAUAAUAGUAAAGAACAGAAUGGUGAAGCACGGAACAAACCAAAUGAUGUGGCAUUGAAUUUGCAAAUUGAAACAAGUCGAAUAACUGGAUUUCAUCUGUUGAUGGUGCAAUUUUAUGCAAUGUUAAUGAAAAAAAUUAUAGUCACUUAUCGAUCUCGAAUGUUAUUAAUAACACAAUUAAUAAUUCCGACAGCUAUGUUAAUCAUAGCCAUUUUAGUAAUACGUAAUCAUAAACAACAAGAUAGUUUACCGCCAUUAGCUCUUGACAUACGACAAUAUCCUGGAAGCAUUAGUCUUAUAAACCAAAAAGGUAUAGAUGAAAUUGCAAACAAAACAACAAAUAGUUUGGAAAAUUUCUUUACUAAUAUUAAAAAGCCGUUAAACUCAAUUGGAUCCGUAGAUUUUGAAGAAUAUAUACUAAAGAAGACGAGAGAAAUAAUGAAAGAAGUGAGAACCAAAUACAUAGUUGCAAUUACAGUAUUAGAAGAAGGAAAUAUUCUAGGCUGGUUUAAUAACGAGGCAUAUCAUUCACCUCCAAUUGCUUUAAAUUUAGCGCAUAAUGCGUAUUUAGGAAGAAUUGACCCGAAUCGAACGAUUACCGUAUAUAAUAAACCGCUACCUUUUACUUUACAAACAAAGAUUGAUAAAUUGGCUAAAGCAAAUAAUUUAGGUUUUCAAUUAGCUUUUAAUCUUGGUUUUAGUAUGGCAUUGGUUUCUUCAUUCUAUGUUUUAUUUUAUGUUAAAGAACGUGUCUGCAAGUCAAAACAUAUUCAAUUCGUAUCUGGUGUUAAUGUAUUCACAUUUUGGUCUUCAGCAUAUAUUUGUGAUUUGAUUACAUUUUUAACGACUAUUUUAUUAGUGAUAAUCACUCUCAUUUGUUUCCAAGAAGAUGGUUAUAAAACUCCAGCUCAAUUAGGUCGUUUGUUCUUUAUUUUCUUCUUGUUUGGUAUUUCAAUGUUGCCAAUGAUGUACCUUGGAUCAUUCUUAUUCAGUAUACCAUCAACAGGCUUUGUUCGAAUGGUUUUAUUAAAUAUACUGACAGGUGUUGCAGCAUUUAUUGUUAUAGAAGUUCUGGGAUCACCUGCGUUAGAUCUAAAACAUGUUGCAGAUUUAUUGGAAUGGAUGUUUAUGGUUAUUCCACAUUAUGCGUGUAGUUCUUCAAUACGUAGUACAUACAAAGUUUAUUCUCAAUCAGCGUUAUGCAAAUUUAAAUGUGAAGACAGUAAUUUGCCGUUUAAGGAAUGUAUGGAAGAAGUUUGUAAAUUGAUACCAAAAUGUUGUAAAUUGGAAGAAAAUUAUUUUAGUUGGAAAGCACCAGGAAUCGGACGUCAAAUAUUCUUUUUCAUUUUAACUGCUUGUAUUCUAUUUUUGAUUUUGUUAUUAAUUGAAUUUGAGAAAUUCAAAUAUUUAAUGUAUUGGUUAAAAACUAAAUUAAGAAAACAAAAACUGGUACCGUCUGAAAAUAUUGAUUUGGAUGAUGAUGUUUUGGCUGAGAAGAAGCGUAUUGAAAGGGCAUCGCAGUCGGAAAUCAAUGAACAGAGUUUAGUCAUGCGUGAUGUUACAAAAUACUACAAUAAAUUUUUGGCAGUUAAUCAAUUAAGUAUUGGAGUAAAUAAGUAUGAAUGUUUUGGAUUGUUAGGAAUUAAUGGCGCAGGUAAAACUUCCACAUUUAAAAUGAUGACUGGUGAUGAAACAAUAACGUAUGGGGAUGCGUGGGUUAAUGGAAUUAACUUAAAAACAAAUUUAAAAGAUGUCCAUAAAGUUAUUGGUUACUGUCCACAAUUUGAUGCGUUAAUUGAUAAUAUGACAGGACGAGAAACACUUAGAAUGUUUUGUUAUUUACGUGGUAUUAAUAAAGUUGAUAUUGAAGAUUUGGUUAUAAACCUAGCAACAGAAUUAGACUUUUUACAACAUAUUGACAAGCGAGUUGAAGCAUACAGUGGUGGCAAUAAACGAAAACUAAGUACAGCAGUAGCAUUGGUUGCAAAUCCGUCUGUAAUUUAUUUGGAUGAACCUACUACCGGAAUGGAUCCCGCAACUAAACGACAUCUCUGGAAUGUUUUAUGUAACGUACGUGAUUCGGGACGAUGUGUUGUGUUAACUUCACAUAGUAUGGAAGAGUGUGAAGCACUUUGUACAAAAAUUGCCAUCAUGGUAAAUGGACAAUUUCAAUGUUUAGGUUCGGUACAACGGCUAAAAAAUAAAUUUUCUUGUGGUUAUACUUUAACUGUUAAAGCACGAAAGAGUAAAACAGGGGAGAAUGUGGCAGAAGGUCGACUAACGAAUGUAGAUAAUAUUAUAAGAUACAUUGAAGAUACAUUUAAAGAAGCAAAAUUGCGUGAAGAGCAUAAUGAGUUAUUGACAUUUUAUAUCGCUGAUAAAUCAUUAACGUGGUCGAAAAUGUUUGGUUUAAUGGAACAAGCAAAAUUAGAAUUAGAUUUUGAAGAUUAUUCAUUAGGACAAAGUACUUUGGAACAGGUGUUUUUAUCAUUCACAAGGACGCAAAGAGAAGAAUAAGAAGUGCGAA